AGGUCCCGCAAAAGAGCUGUUUGAAAAGCCUUUCUUUCAAUUGGUGGCAAGGGCUCUUCGUCCGGGAGGGGUUGUAUGUACACAGGCUGAGAGUAUAUGGCUUCAUAUACACAUAAUUGAAGAUAUUGUGACAAACUGCCGCCAAAUUUUCAAAGGCUCUGUCAACUAUGCAUGGACUACCGUUCCUACGUAUCCAAGUGGAGUUAUGGGUUUCAUGCUUUGCUCUACCGAUGGUCCAGUGGUUGAUUUCAAGCAUCCAGUCCACCCAAUAGACAAUCUCAGUGAUGCCGGUGCAAAAG